GCGAGCAGCCAAGCCACGCUAAGCCUCGACGUGUGGCUGGCCGUCGAGUACAGCAAUCUGGGGAUAAAGCUGAUGGCUUUCAUCGGGAUACCGAUGUUCUUCAUCUUCGGUGCCCUCCACCGCUACUGUGGGCACGGUGAUCUGGAAAAGACAGAUCUCCUUGAGAGCCUGUCCAUCCGAAAUGUUCACGGAGUCGGUUGGAUCUACUACCUUCACGGCAUUUGUGCGCUCUGGGUGGUUCUGCUGGUUCGGUCCAUCGUUUUCAAGGCUCAGGAAAGAUAUCUUCAGCGACGUUUCGCUUGGCUGAAGAGCUUACCUUGCCCGAGAUGCAGCACCAUCCUCGUGGAGGGCAUACCAGAAGAAUAUCGCUCCGAGGAUCGGGUGCGUCAGUUCUUCUCUGCCACUUUCGAUGCGCGAGUGAUGCAGGUGAACAUGGUCCGGCACACACAGCUACUGGAUCAGCUUUCAUCCGAGCACUUGGUCGCCAAAGGUCGGCUGAGGCAGUCGGAGCGGCUCCUGGAGAGAGACGGCAGCCGCCCUACGGCCCGCCUGCGCUUUGCUGGAGAGCCUGUGGACGCCAUCAGCUACUUCUUAGGCGAGAUGCAGGACAAGCACCAGCUCGUCCAACAGGAGCAGGCCCGAAUACGACAGGAAUCGGCCUCGCUGGGCGGCGUGAACUCGCACUGUGCCUUCGUCACCUUCGGCACGCGCCAGGAUGCUGCGAUCGCGAAAACUUUGGAUUUCAGCCAGGACGGAGGACACUGGGUGAUCACCGACGCCCCCGAAGUCUCCACGAUCUGCUGGGGGAAGCUGUCAACAGAGCCCACACUUCUGCGAACGGUGAGCGGUAUCCUGCUCAUCACUUUUCUCUAUGCGGGCUUCACCCCCAUCUGCGUUGCCAUCUCCACCCUGGCACAGAGCUUGGACCUAGGCCCCUUCCAGCCGCUCUGGUCGGCGUUCGCGCCGACCCUGGGGCUGACCGUCUUUUUGGCCAUGCUUCCGACAGUCUUGCUGCUGAUCUUUGAUGCAUGCUUCCUGCCUCGUUCGGAUACAGCUGCGCAGCAUCUCCUUCAAUUCUGGUACUUUGCAUUCUUGCUCUUUUUCGUUCUGUUCCUGCCGAUCAUUGGCACGAACUUCAGUGAUUUCGCCCAUCAAGUGUACAAGAGUCCUGCCCAAGUAUUUGGCCUGGUCGCAGCGAG